CUGGACCGAGUAGUACACUACCAGUUAUACUCCUCAGAUAAAAUAAGCGCAGUAAUAUAAUUUAUGCUGUGCGAUUAGCAACCAUCUCUUUUCAAUGGUAGCAGCUGAUCGUCUAAUUAGUAUAAUUUUGGAGGGCAAAUGUUCAACAGAUUUCCGGGUAGCAUAAAUGUUGCAAUAGGACAAAUAUUGUGAGUGCCAAAUGCCAAUUUCAUCGCGACAAACGCAGGAUAAACUGCACAAAACUACGACAGAAAAACUAAAAAAGAAUUGUUUAUUUAACUGUUACAUAUAACAGUUUUUUUACGGUCCGAGUGAAAUAUAAUAAAACAAAUAGGUAUGCCAUCGACGAAGAAACUAUUACAAGCUCUGAUUAUGGGUGCCCCAGGCUCUGGAAAAGGAACUGUGUCAGAACGUAUAGUCCGAUCGUUCGACAUGUUACACAUAUCCAGUGGUGACAUACUACGAAAAAUGAUAAGAGAGAAGACUGACAUUGGAAUCCAAGUCAACAAAUUUGUGUCUAAUGGGCAACUCGUGCCCGAUGAGCUGAUGUUGAAAACUAUUGGUAGCGAGUUGAACCGUCUAUCGUCUGCUGAUCGUAGCUGGCUGCUGGAUGGCUUCCCUAGGACAAAACCGCAAGCAUUGAGUCUAUUCAAAAUAGCACCUGUUCAAGUAGUUAUUAGCCUCGAUGUACCAUUUGAUAUCAUUAUCAAUAGAGUAAAAGGUAGAUGGAUACAUGCACCAAGUGGACGAGUCUACAAUACAGAUUUUAAUGCUCCUAAGGUACCUGGUCACGAUGAUGUAACUGGUGAACCAUUAAUGCAACGCGACGAUGAUAAACCGGAAUCUGUUAAAAAACGUUUAGAAAUAUAUUCUGAGAUGGCUGGACCUAUUUUAGAAUAUUAUGCUGAGCAAAAUAUUUUAGCAAAAUUUUCAGGAAAAACUACCAAUGAAAUUUGGCCUCAAGUUUACAAAUACUUGGCUACCAAGAUUGAACCGAAGGAAAAACUUGCAUAAGAGUUGUAGAUAUAUUUGUAUUAGCCAAUGUUUAAAUUGUUGUACUAAUUUUAAUGAUACAUUGUUUUUAUAAUCAAAAUCCUAUAUACUAUAUACUUUAUUUAUUAUUAUAUAUUAUUACUAUUGUUACUUACUUGGUGCUAUUUAAAGAAAUACAUUGUUUUUGGUGUCUUA